AGAGGGGGCAAAUGGCGGAGGGAUGUUCCCGGGCCCUGUUUAAAUCCUAACAGCCGAGGCCGGGGGGUUUGUUUCCGUUCGUUGCAGAGCUCGCGCGGUCCGAGUCCCAGCUGCUCCGGCCGGUGGUGGCGGGCAGGGAGAGGCCCCGCCGCUGUGGGGGGAGAAGCCGAGGGAGAGCGAGUUGGAGCCCGGGCCGAGCUGUGCGAGGAGGAGUCCGGCCGUCAGAGCCUAGAAUAUGAAACUGUUUUCAAAAUGACAUCAAGAUUUGGGAAAACCUAUAGCCGUAAAGGAGGGAAUGGUACCUCCAAGUUUGAUGAAGUCUUUUCCAAUAAAAGAACCACGCUUAGCACAAAAUGGGGGGAGACCACGUUCAUGGCUAAGCUGGGACAGAAGAGACCUAACCACAAACCAGAUGUUGCUGAAAUACCCAAGAAACCCAAAGUGGAAGAUGAUCUCAAUGAGGAUCCAUUUGGAUUUGAUAGUGAUGAGGAUUCCUUGCCAAUUUCAUCAAAAAAUGUUCCACAGCCCAAGCCACCCUCUGAGCAUUUGGGAUCAUCUGUACCUGAUCGCAUCACUUCAACACAUGAAACUAAAAUUAAAAGUGACCAGCGCAGUGCCACGGAAACAGUGUCAUCCAAAUUCACAUCUUUUGACAGCGCACUGCAUGGAUUGAAAGAAAAAAACACAAAUAAAAUUGUUGAAGAUGGAAAAAGUCUGCACAGUUCACCUAUGAAAAUAAUGACAGGUAAUCUGAAGAGUUCUACUGAUGAGAAAAAUAGCUGGACUGUCCCAAAGAAUGCAGACAAUGAUUUCAAGAGGUCUGCAGAAACACUAUUCACUAGUUUUUCAGCAAAGCAUGAGGACAGCAACAAGAAACCAAUGGAGACAUUAAUUUCUAGUUUUGACGUUGAUGCGGAGUGGGACUUGUUAGUUGGAAAGGAAUCAGACUCUCCAUCACAGAGGGAGCACACAAAAGAGAGAUUAAAAUCAACACUCUAUGAAUGGGUUGAUUUUGAUACUGAAAAUCCAGAAGAGAUGGAGUUUAAUGCUGAUGAAAAUAGUCAUUCAGAAUCCAAGAAUGAACAUGAUGGUGGCACCAACAAUGAUCAAAGUGAAACCGGGGAGGAACAGCUUAGUGAAGAGGCUGUCCAGGGUAGUAUUAAGCUUGGCAAUUGUAGGACAUAUUGUAGGUCUAACAAAGCCAAACAUUCACAGGGAUCAUCAAACUUUGACAAACUUUUGGAUGACUCAAGUCACUUAUCUUACAAAUCUAAUAAUACAUCAGAGACAGAAAAGUCAAGUCACGUGAGCAGAGGAUUUAGUAGUGGGACCACCAGAGCCCCAGGAAGGACUAGAGAUUACACAGUUCUUCAUCCUUCGUGUUUAUCAGUCUGUAACGUCACUAUACAGGAUAGCAUGGACCGCAGUAUUGAUGAGUUUGCCACAACACCAACUACAGACAUCGGAGAAGCAGGGCGACUUCGAAAGAAAGCUGAUAUGGCAACUGCUAAGACAGCUACAAGAUUUCGACCGGGGAAUACCAAAUCCAAAAAAGAUGCCAAGUUGGAGUUUUUUGGUUUUGAUGAUCAAGAUGAUGGAGGUGGCGAGGAAGGAGGCUCCCAAUCAUGUGGCCAGUCCAAUUAUAGAAUUAAAUACUUUGGGUUUGAUGACCUUAGUGAAAGUGAUGAUGAAGAUGAGGACGAUUGGCAUUUGAAAGAGAGGAAAGCUAAAAAGAAAGCUAAGAUGGCCGUGGCUCCCACUUCACCUAUCCAACAAAGCUCAGGUGUCACAGAAAACUUGCAGGACAACCAAUCCAUUAUUCAUUUAGAGUUCCAAGAUGAUAUGUUUGCAGUUCCUGAAGUGUUCAAAAAGCCAGCCAGCAGACCAGCAGAGAAAAGUAAAGAUGGUGCCCGAAAGAUUUUCAGUGGACCAAAAAGGACAGUGGGCGAAUCUCAAACUGGGACAAAGGAACGUUUUACCAAUAAAAGACAAAUUGAAUUUCAUUUGUUUAAGACCAAGUCUCCUACAAAAGCUGUAUAUAAUGCAAGACACUGGAAUCAGCCAGAAUCGGAGGAGCUUCCAACCUUACCAACACUCAAAGCUCAGCCUGCACCAGCAAAGCCAACAGAAGCACCCAAUCCAAAGGAUGAUGGAGUCUUUAAAGCACCAGCUCCUCCUGUUAAAGUGAUCAAAACUGUGACUAUUCCUACUCAGCCCUAUCAGGACAUAGUGACUGCACUGAAAUGCAGGAAGGAGCACAAAGAACUUUACACUGUAGUUCAACAUGUGAAACACUUCAAUGAUGUAGUGGAGUUUGGAGAGAACCAAGAAUUCAGUGAUGAUAUAGAAUACCUGCUAAGUGGACUGAAGAGCAGCCAGCCCAUAAACACCCGUUGCCUUAGUGUUAUAAGCCUGGCGACAAAGUGCGCCAUGCCAAGUUUCCGAAUGCACCUGAGAGCGCACGGAAUGGUAGCCAUGGUCUUCAGAACACUGGAUGAUAGUCAGCACCACCAGAAUCUUGCGCUUUGUACGGCUGCGUUGAUGUACAUACUAAGCAGAGACAGACUAAACAUGGACCUUGAUAGAGCUAGUUUGGAUCUCAUGAUUCGACUUCUAGAGAUGGAACAAGACCUUACUGCCAGGUUCAUGAAUGAAAAAGAAAUGAACAAGAUCAAAGAGAAAAUCCGGAAGCUCUGUGAGACGGUCCAUAACAAGCAUUUAGAUUUUGAGAACAUAACGGCUGGUCAUUUAGCAAUGGAAACCUUGUUAUCUCUAACAUCGAAACGAGCCGGGGACUGGUUCAAAGAAGAGCUCAGGCUUCUUGGUGGACUUGACCACAUUGUGGACAAAGUUAAAGAAUGUGUGAAUAACCUAGACAAUGAAGGAAGUGAGGAGAAAUUAGUAGCUUCUCUUUGGGGAGCAGAAAGAUGUUUACGGGUCCUGGAGAGUGUUACUGUACACAACCCAGAGAAUCAGAGUUACUUAAUUGCAUACAAAGAUUCACAGCUUAUUGUGUCUUCAGCAAAAGCGCUGCGACACUGUGAAUCAUUUAUUAGAAGAUUCAACCGUGCUGAAGAUAGCAUAUGCAUUCCAGAUCCCAAAUCCCUUCCUCACCAUAAUGUGUCUAGUCAUGUUGGAAAAGCCGUGGAGGAUUGCAUGAGGGCUAUCAUUGGUGUUUUGCUCAACUUAACCCAUGAUAAUGAAUGGGGAAGCACAAAAACUGGUGAGCAGGACAAUCUUAUUAGCACUGCAUUGGACUGUGUGCUUCAAGUUCCAAGGUUCCUACCUCAAGACCAGAGAUUUGAUAUUCGAGUUUUGGGCUUAGGUCUACUGAUUAAUCUGGUUGAGUACAGUGCACGUAACAGGCACUGUCUUGUGAACAUGGAAACAACAAAGCCCUAUGAUUCCUUCUGUGGAGAAAGCGGGGAACACGAAGAAAAAUAUAUACAACUUGAUGCUGUCAAAGCUUUGGUGCUGCUUUUCCUAGAGAGGGAGCAGGCAGCCCUGUUAGCGGAGAGUCAAACAGAUGAGCUUAUCAAAGAAGUUCCAACAGCCCAGCAUGACAAAAGCGGAGAAUGGCAGGAAUCGAAGGGCGAGAUCCAGUGGGUCUCUGCUGAGAAAGGCCCAAACACAGAGGAACCCGAAAAGAAGGAAGAGGAGGAGGAAGAACUUGAUCUUAAUAAAGCCCUUCAGCAUGCAGGGAAGCACAUGGAAGAUUGCAUUGUUGCCUCCUACACAGCUUUACUUCUGGGAUGUCUUUGCCAGGAGAGUCCGAUGAAUGUGACUACUGUACGAGAUAAUUUACCUAACGGGGAUUUCUCAAUAAUGACAGAAAUGUUGAAAAAGUUUCUCGGUUUUAUGAAUCUUACUUGUGCAGUCGGAACGACAGGCCAGAAGUCCAUCUCUAGAGUGAUUGAGUAUUUAGAACACUGCUAGGUUUCUACAUUCAACCAUGGGCCCUCAAUAAUGCUGGAUAAUACACCCUUCUACAAAAGGAACAAGUCAUUUAUCAAGUCCCUGAAAAUGCACUGAGAGCACCAGUCUAUGCUACUUACUCAGAUAUUAAAGGCAAACAAGAUUCUGGUUUUGCAGUCCUUGUUGAACGUGUUUGUUUUUUGUUUUUUUUUGCCAUGUGGAUCAGAUUGCUGCAGGACAUUCCUCAGCUCUCGCGAUUAAGGAUUAUAGAAGUUCUGUUCGGCGAACUGAGCCGGCUGGUGUGCAUUGCAGUGUUUGAAUUAUUUGGGUUCCCACGAGUCAGUGGAAUCUUCUGUAAAAGUGGGGGAUGACAUUUGGUCAAGGCCAGUUUAAGAAAAUUUUUUUUUUUUUUUUUUUACUUUCUAUUUUUUUUCUCAAUGCAAACAAAAAAGACAUAUUGCUGAUUAUUCAACAGCUGUUUACUGGUGAAAUACUGCAUUUUAUGCCAGCCAGGUACAUAAACGGCUCUGCUGGUGGAGUUAAAACGAGAAUAAAAAUACCCUAUCGUAUAGUAUAGCUCGACAAGAAGCUACUUUUGUUUGCUCCUUUUUAUUUUUCCUGCUUUGUAAUACUUUUCAUUAAGAAAUGCUUCCAAGAUUCUUUAAACUAUACGAAACGUUUUCACAUAUUGUCUAUAGAUUUGAUUGCUUUAUGUUCUUUGUCUACUUUGCUUUUUUUUCUACUAGAUGCUUCCAAUCAAAACAUAAAUUGUUGUUGAGAUGUAUUUUCUGUACAUGUCCCCUCCCCCAUAAUUUAAUAUUUCUUUGGUUUUGGUUUUAUUUUAAUUAUUUUUCCCCAUAAUUUGAUCCUGUUAAGACAAUUAUGUAAAAUGUUUGUGCAGAGCUUUUAAACGAUAAGGCCAAUAACCCCACAUUUCAAGAUUAACGGGGCAAUAAUCCAAAGGGAGAUGGCUUGCAACAAUUGCACAGCUGUACAUUGUGUCCUAUUAGAAAAUAGGGGUCUAUUUUUAUAUAUCAGAAGGUCCAUCUCAGGUGUCAUCUUGUACUAAUUAAGAGAAUUGAGAACGGUUUUGCAAUUACUCUACUUGACUUUUUCAGAGUGCGUUUGCUGACGUCUGGUCUGCCUCUAGUCUGUGACUGUUCUCAGCAAUUUAUCAGUGAACUGAUUGAAGAGUGAAGGGGUGACGCAUGCAACCUCUUUUUCAUAAAGUUGACUCCUCUUAUUGGCAUUCUUCACAAUGGUAAAAGGUUUAAGCAUAUUUUAGGCUAGGUUUUUGUUGUAAGCCUUAUUAUCACAGAAGACUUUGCCAGCUUUUAGCAGCCCAUCCGAACACCAGGAAGUGUGAACUUUAACUGGAUGUUCAAGCCAUUCGUUCUUCUUUCGGUGGUUCCUCAGACUAUGCCAUGGUUGGCAAAAUUGUUUAGAAUUUUUGGGAAAGAGCAAUUUCUCAGUGGGAGAAGCAAUUGUAAAUUUCAGGACUAGCACCUAAUAUGGCCUAACACUUGGGUGUUAUCCGUUUCGGUUUUAAUUAUGUGCCGGAAAAGUUUUUGUUUUUUUGUUCUUAUUCUAACGGGUGUUUCUUAGAAGUGAAACAAAAGGAAACCAGAGCAUGGCUGUUUUAAGUGAAAGGUAAAACACUCAAAGCCAUAUAUUUGCUUCUCUACCUUCAAUCAAAGGUUAAGCAGGCGGAAGAAGCAAUACCCAUGUCAAAUGGCUAUGCUUUAUUAUGUAAAAAAAAAUAGUUAAGAUGUUUUUUAGCAAUAUUUAUGGGAAAUUGUUAAUAAAGUAUAUACAGUUUUGAGGCUAAUUUUUAGACCAACUAAUCUUGCACUCGUUGCCCACAGUUGUAAUCACCUGCAAUUUUGGCAGAUGUCAGGGGAGGGCGAGGUCAUAUAUCGUGUACAUUGUCAUCAAUCUGUAACUGUGCUAGCAAAACCUACUUUCCAAAGAGUGGCUUUCCUCUGUGUUGGACUCUGCUUCAUACUCUGGUCGUUACACAGUCUGUGUGGAUCAGACAUGCGUUCUUUGUGUAGCACUAUGGUUUCAGUUUGGGUUACAAGUUGUGCCACUUAAUAGGGGAGAUUAUAUUCUUUACAAACAUUCUUAAUGCCAGGUGCUCUUCGACUUUUGUGUUCGGAUAUGUGACAUUAUUUUUUAAAUCUGUUUCAUCAUUUGUGUUUUAUUUACAUGAUUUAAAUAUUCGUGCAGGAGUCUAAUCUACAGAGUCAUAAUGACCAUAUAUUUUUAAACCUGAACGUCUUAGAAAAGGAGGCCCACUUUAAUGUGCUCCACACACUUGGCAGUCAGCAGAAUGUCUCCCAAAGUUGCAUCCGUUCUCGUAUACAUCAAACCUUAUGCAAUUUAAAUGAAAAACUAAUAUAAAAUGCU